GCGGAGUGCGGGACCUGUGACUGGGAUUGAGCGGUGCACCGGUCACCCUGAGAGCUCAGCACGCUGCCUGGAUUUCCUGGCGCGGUCCGGAGUCCGUUGGCGAAGGCGCGGGCGUGUCAUCUGAAUUGACGAAGGUGAGGCGAGGCGCGGUGCGAAAGGGAGAAGGAGAAGCUCGAAUUUGGUCGAUUCUUGGGUCGAUUUCUUGGAUAGGGUGCGAGCAGGAUGCAGCUCGCAGGGAUUGGGUGCUGCAGCUGGCAAAGUGUGGAUGGUUUUUCUCUUGGUUUGACGAAAGGGAGGAGCAGGAGCAGCAGCGGCCGUGGCUGUUCAGCGAGUAGCAGCAAUUUUGGUCUCGGUUUCUCGGGGGCUUUUGGAAUUGGAGAAUUUCGGACGACGUGGGUUUCCGGCGGUCGGGGGACGAAUUCUCCCGGUGUGAAAUGCUCGGUUGUGGAGGUGAAAGCCGAAAAUCGUGAUGACAUUGGGAGCAUUGUGAAAGCUCUGCAAUCGCGCGACCGCUUCCCCAAAAAAUGGCUGGGCCAGCAUUACAUGGUGAACGAGAAGGUGAAUGCGAAAGUGGUCGAUGCAGCUCACAUAUGUCCGGGAGAUAUUGUAGUGGAAAUAGGGCCUGGAACAGGGGCUCUCACGAAAUCUCUUGUAGCGGCCGGUGCCCAUGUAAUUGCUGUCGAAAAGGAUCCAGAUAUGGCUUCUUUGGUAGCUGAGCGCUUCGCAGAAAGCGGUAAUGUUGAUGUGGUGAACAUAGACUUUUUGAAGUGGCCUCUGAGAAAUGAAAUCAAGAAGUACUUGGAAAAGGCGACUCUCGCAUCAGGAGAGCCGAAGUUGGCGAAGAUUGUGUCAAACCUACCGUUCAACAUCACGACAAACGUUGUAAAGAAAGUGCUUCCAAUGGGAGAUUUGUUCUCUACCGUUGUUCUUCUGUUACAGGAUGAAGCAGCCCUCCGUCUCGUUGAUGCUUCACCGGAUUCCGGAGAGUAUCGCCCAAUUAGUUUUGUAGUUAAUUUCUAUUCAGUGCCAGAGUAUAAAUUCAAAGUGCCCCGUAAAAGCUUCUUUCCCGUUCCACGGGUAGAUGGCGGCGUAGUUUGCUUUGCGAUCAAGAAAGAAUCUGAAUACCCUCUUGUGGCUUCACAGAAAGUCUUUUUUUCAAUGAUCAACUCGGCUUUCAAUGGAAAGCGGAAAAUGUUGCGCAAUACGUUGCAGCAUAUGUUCUCUCCGUCUAGUACUCAAGCUGCUCUUCUCUCUGUUGGUCUUCCUGAGACGGCAAGACCCGAGGAGCUGACAUUGGAGCAGUUUGUAGCAUUUUAUAACGCUGUCACGAGUAUGACAGCACCAAAUUCUUUGGCCGGUCCGCCCUCUGUCAUCCAACCAGGACUGAAUUGACCCCAGCUACACAGAAGUCACAGGGUCCCCAUCCGUCACGUGAUGGCGAUGCCGUUUUGACUGCUCGAGAGCAGGUGCUCCGACGUAUUCUUUAUACAAAUUGUAAGGUUCAAAACAAAGCGGCGAACGAAAGCGUAAGCCAAAAGUCACUUUUGCUGAUUCAAUACGUGCCAGACUUGCGGAGCAUCUCCAUUAUUGACCACGGUUAUACUCACAAGUUCAACAUUUAGAAACUGUCGAUCAGUAGUCGGAUUCCUCACAAUGGUUAUUAUGAUGACUCCCUACUGAAGUGAUGUACCAAUACAAACAGAUUAUUUAAUACGAAGCACGCAUGUUCUCCGGUUGUUCUCCC